CAAUCACAGAGCCCCCAAUCCAUCAUCCCCUUGGAUUAAACUAGCCCCGCAAAAGCAGCAGCAACCCACCACCUCCAUCUGCUUGGUUUUGCUGCGCGAUCUCCUCUCCCACCAUUUUUUUUUUCCCUCCCUCGCUCGCCGUAAACAAAGCCUCGGGCUUGCGGAUAGGAGUAGAGGGGGCAGCUGCUCGAUCUCCCGAGCUCAAGCAGCUGGAAGAAAAAGCAAUCGAGUGUUUCAGCUCGUCUCCUGGAAAGUCUCCCUUCUUUUUCUUCUCCUCGAGGAAGCUGAAUUGGUCGAUUGAUUCCUCCUCUCCGUGUGCGGUCAUGGCGAGGAUUGUCUGAUUUGUUCAGGAGAGAAUUGGUGUUUGGGAGGAAGGAGAGAGAGAGAGAGAGAGAGAGGGGUGUGGGGGAUUAGCAAGCUGAUGUACGGCUCGCCGGUGUCCAAGGAUCUGAACCUGCCGGUCCACCCGCCGCAGCCGCCGCCGCCAACGAUGAACUCCUCCGGCCUGCUCAGGUACAGAUCGGCGCCCAGCACGCUGCUCGGCGACGUCUGCGAGGAGUUCCUGCCCCGCGCCGCCAGCCCCGACGCCACCGCCGACAACAACGUCUUCUCCCGCUUCCUCGCCGACCACCAGAUCCGGGACAGCAAGCCGCCCACCCCGCCGCCGGCCCACUUCACCGACGAGGCCGCCGCCGCCAUGGCGUCCCAGCAGCAGCAACAGAUGAUGUUCCACUCCCAGCACCAGCACCAGCAGCAGCAGAUGGCCCCCGGCGUGGACGGGCUCUACCGCACCGUCAGCUCCGGCGGGAUGGACGCCCCCGCCGCGGCCGUCGCCGCCGGCAGCAGCCUGCUCCGCCAGAGCAGCUCCCCCGCCGGCUUCCUCAAUCAUUUGAACAUGGACAACGGGUACGAGAGCAUGCUGAGGGCGGGCAUGAGCGCGGGCUUCAGGAACGGCGCCGCCACUGGAGCCGCCGGCGCUGGCGUGGACUCCUCCGGCAGCAGGCUCAAGGGGCAGCUCAGCUUCUCGUCGCGCCAGGGCUCCCUCAUGUCGCAGAUCUCCGAGAUGGGUAGCGAGGAUCUCGGCGGCAGCAGCCCCGAGGCCUCCGGGGGCGGCCGGGGCUACAUCCCCGGAUACCCCAUGGGCGCCGGGUGGGAGGAGUCGUCGCUCAUGUCCGAGAACAUGUCCUCCGGCGUCAAGCGCCAGCGGGAGUCCGCUGAGCCUGCCCAGAACGGGCUGUCGCACCAGUUCAGCCUGCCCAAGACCUCGUCGGAGAUGGCCGCCAUCGAGAAGUUCCUCCAGUUCCAGGACGCCGUGCCCUGCAAGAUCCGGGCCAAGCGCGGCUGCGCAACGCACCCACGCAGCAUCGCGGAGCGGGUUCGGAGGACCAAGAUCAGCGAGCGAAUCAGGAAGCUGCAGGAGCUCGUCCCCAACAUGGACAAGCAAACCAACACAUCUGACAUGCUGGAUCUGGCUGUCGACUACAUCAAGGAGCUCCAGGACCAGGUUAAGGUGAUCAACGAGAGCCGCGCCAAUUGCACCUGCGCGGCGAGCAAGCAUCAAUGAUAUCAGUCUCUAGACUCUCCGUUGUACAAGGCCUGGAGAAUUUGGAAACAAGAUUAUUUUGGGGACAGGAAGGUGUAAUGCCAUGCUAGUUUCGUUUUCUUUUGGGGUUUGGGGUAGGCAUGCUGUGGCUGAAAGGCGACAUCAGGAAAUGUAUAAGGCAUAAGCAGGGGAGGGUGGGCAAUGGAGCAGUGGCAUCAUCAAGGAUUCAUGUGACUGAGAAGAAGUGGAGAUGGAUCGAUGGAUGGGAGGAAAGAUUGUAUAGUUUUGCUAGCUGUGACGUUGCUGUAUACUACACCCCAACCAUACCCAUGCCCAUGUUCAUGUUCAUGUUCAUACAAACUUCCCAAUAGCGCUCUGCUACAAACUCUAGGCUGUAGCAGUAGCACCCUCUGAUUUUAACUCCAUCGCUCACCCUCCAAUCAUCAUCACCAAUAAAAUGUUUUGCCUGGCUUUGCUUCUUAA